AUGUUCUUCCGGUCUUUUCUGCUGGUGGAUCGCCAUCUCACGGUCAACUACAAGGCACUGGAGAUAGUCCAUCAUCGCCUAAUCAACAACGUGGCUUCGAAACUCCACGAAAAGGUAGCAAGGCUUCGACAAAACCUACACCAUCACCAGAGGCUAAAAAAGGUCAGGGAAAGAAGAAGAAGGGAUCACCUACGGUUGCGCUCAGCCCUCAACUUCAUGUUCUUCGGAAGUUUUCUCCUUCCCCGACUUCUUCUGCACACAAAAAGGUGGAGCAAAAGGACGCCAUCGCCAGCCCUAGUACUCCGAGAAGCAAGAAAAAGAACGGGCUCUCCACUUCACCCCAAUCCGAUGAAGUUAGUAUUAGGUCUAUUGUUGAUGAUGAUGCUUCUUCUGUUCUAGAGGAAGAACAAGAAGGCCGUGAGAAACUUCAUGCCCUUCCGAAGUUCUCUCCUCCCCCAGCUUCUUCUGCAGAAAAAAAGGAGGUAGAGCAAGAUCUUGGGGACGUCAUCGCCAGCCCUAGCACUCCGAAAAGCAAGAAAAAGAAGGGACUUUCCACUUCGCCUCAAUCUCCAACUGUUGCGUUGAGCCCUAGGCUUCAUGUUCUUCAGAAGUUUUCCCCUUUUCCAAAUGCAAAUGAGGAGGCAGAAUGCCAUCAAGAUGAGCAGCAAGCAGUCCACGUCGGAGCGCCGCCGCUUCCUACAUUAACUGCGCCCCGCCUUUCGCCGCGAGAAUUGAAAGACAAGCGCCGCGCUGAGCGAAUAAGAGCGCUCGCCCAAGAAGGCCGUGAGAAACUUCAUGCCCUUCCGAAGUUCUCUCCUUCCGCAGCUUCUUCUGCAGAAAAAAAGGAGGUAGAACAACAAGAUCAUGGGGACGUCAUCGCCAGCCCUAGCACCCCGAAUAAAAGCAAGAAGAAAAAGAAGGGACUUUCCACUUCGCUUCAAUCUCCAACUGUUGCAUUGAGCCCUAGACUUCAUGUUUUUCAGAAGUUCUCUUCUUCCCCAUCGUCUCCUCCAGAAAAAAAGGUGGGACAAGACGUAGCCGCAAAAGUAGAACAAGAGGACGCCAUCGUCAGCCCCAGCACUCCAAGAAGCAAGAGGAACAGCAAGAAAACAGCCACUCCGAAGAAAAAAUCACCGGGAGGCCCUACCGUAGCAGGGAGUCGUAAACUUCAUCUUCUGCAGGUGUUUUCGCGCUCACCCGCUCCAGGGGAUAGUGAAGCGUCGCUGCGUGCAAAAAGAUACGCGCUUGUCCCUGCGGAUGAAACUAGUAUUACCUCUAUCGCCGAUGAUGGUGAUGCAGAUUCUGUUGUUGUGGAAGAACAAGUGCUAGAACAAGAAGAACAAAAACAUGAGGGACAGAUUGAACGACAAGAAGUAGCAGAAAGGUAUUGGAAUUAUGUCGAGAAGCGUUGGUAUUAUGCCGAAGAGAUAGCAGAAGAGUACUGGGAACAGCAUUGGCAUGAGUUCCAUGUAGAAGAGGAAGAGGGGGCAGUGGAUGAGGGGGCUGUGGAUGAUGGGACAACAUCAAAGGAGAAGCGACGGGCGGAGCGAAUAAGAACGCUCGCUAAAGGAGGCCGUGAGGAGCUCCAUGUUCUUCAGAAGUUUUCUCCUUUCCAUCCAACUUCUUCUGCAGGAAAAAAGGUCGAGCAAGAUCAUGGGGACGUCGUCGCUAGCCCUAGUAGUACUCCGAGAAGCAAGAAAGAGAAGGGGCUCUCCAUUUCACCUCAAUCCGAUGAAGUUAGUAUUACGUCCAUCGUUGACGAUGAUGCUGCUUCUGUGGUACUAGAGGAAGGGCAAGAAGAUACAAAAGAAGAACAAGAACAUGGCGAGCCUACCUCACACCAAGACCACGAGCUACAAGAAGGGGGGAAAAGGUAUUGGAAUUUUGUCGAGAAACGUUGGUAUUAUGCCGAACAGAUAGCAGAAGAGUACUGGGAACAGCAUUGGCAUGAGUUCCAUGUAGAAGAGGAAGAGGGGGCAGUGGAUGAUGGGACAACACCAAAUGAAAAGCGACGGGCGGAGCGAAUAAGAACGCUCGCUAAAGGAGGCCGCGAGGAGCUCCAUGCUCUUCAGAAGUUUUCUCCUUUCCAUCCAACUUCUUCUGCAGCAAAAAAGGCAGGGCAAGAUCAUGGGGACGCCGUCGCCAGCCCUAGUACUCCAAGAAGCAAGAAAGAGAAGGGGCUCUCCAUUUCACCUCAAUCCGAUGAAGCUAGUAUUACGUCUAUUGUUGACGAUGGUACUGCUUCUGUGGAACUAGAGGAAGAGCAAGAAGAUACAGAAAAAGAACAAGAACGCGACGAGCCUACCUCACAACAAGACCACGAGCUACAAGGAGUAGGAGAAAGGUAUCGGAAUUUUGUCGAGGAACGUUGGUACUAUGCCGAAGAGAUAACAGAAGAGUACUGGGAACAGCAUUGGCAUGAGUUCCAUGUAGAAGAGGAAGAGGGGGCAGUGGAUGAGGGGGCUGUGGUUGAUGGGACAACAUCAAAGGAAAAGCGCCGGGCGGAGCGAAUAAGAACGCUCGCUAAAAAAGGAGGCCGUGGGAAGCUCCAUGCCCUUCAGAAGUUUUCCCCUUCCCCAAAUGAGGAGGAAGAAUGCCAUCAAGAUGAGCAGCAAGAAGACCACGUCGGAGCGCCGCCGCGUCCUACAUCAACUGCGCCCCGUCUUUCGCCGCGAGAAUUGAAGGACAGACGUCGCGCAAAGCGAGUAAAGGCGCUCGCUAAAGAAGGCCGUGAGAGGCUAUUAGCCGGCGAGACGGUGGCGACAGCAAACGCAGAGAAAGAAUGCCAUCAAGAUGAGCAGCAAGCAGACCACGUCGGGGCGCCGCCGCUUCUGCCAUCAACUGCGCCCCGUCUUUCGCCGCGGGAAUUGAAGGACAAACGCCGCGAAGAGCGAGUAAAGGCGCUCGCCAAAGAAGGCCGUGAGAGGCUAUUAGCCGGCGAGACGGUGGCUACAGCAAAUGAAGAGGAAGGGCACCAUCAUGAUGAGCAGCAAGAAGUCCACGUCGGAGCGCCGCCGCUUCCUACAUUAGCUGCGCCCCGUCUUUCGCCGCGAGAAUUGAAGGACAGACGCCGCGCAAUGCGAGUAAAGGCGCUCGCUAAAGAAGGCCGUGAGAGGCUAUUAGCCGGCGAGACGGUGGCGACAGGGACAGCAAAUGAAAAGGAAGAAUGCCAUCAAGAUGAGCAGCGAGCAGACCACCUCGGGAGGCCGCCGCUUCUGCCAUCAACUGCGCCCCGUCUUUCGCCGCGAGAACUGCAGGACAAACGCCGCGCAGAGCCUACCUCACAACAAGACCACGAGCUACAAGGAGUAGGAGAAAGGUAUCGGAAUUCUGUCGAGGAGCGUUGGUACUAUGCCGAAGAGAUAACAGAAGAGUACUGGGAACUGCAUUGGCAUGAGUUCCAUGUAGAAGAUGAAGAGGGGGCAGUGGAUGAGGGGGCUGUGGUUGAUGGGACAACAUCAAAGGAAAAGCGCCGGGCAGAGCGAAUAAGAACGCUCGCUAAAAAAGGAGGCCGUGGGAAGCUCCAUGCUCUUCAGAAGUUUUCCCCUU